AUGUCUCCCACCUUCUCGAAGCAAAUAGAGUGGCUCCAAGGAAUGUGGCCUCCAAAUUGGAGAGGGAGCUACACCCGUGCAGCUGGGGAAGAGCAACCUCUGGCCCAUGACAGACCCUGGCACGAAGACAACAUGGAGAGAGGACCAGAGACUCCCGACGCCGGGACCAAGCUCGAGGGAAGCUACGAGGAUGCAGCGCCUGUUGUACAGCAGCAUCAACAGCGGCGGCGGUGGCGCUCGAAAUGGCAACACGCAUGGCGGCUCCUCGUCGUCCUCCUAGCGCUAUGGGGCACAUUUGACCUCUGCCACCGCGCAGCACGACCCCUUCUCUCCCGCCUGGCACACCCACACAUCUCAGACGCGUCAUUCUGGUGCCGCAAGGCGUGUCCACAGAUAGCGGACGAGGCGCGGGCGCUCGGUUGCGUGUUCGACGAGCUGGAAAACCGCUUCACCAAGCCCGAAUGCAUCAACGCAGACAUCACCGACGAGUUCACACGCGCUGGACCGGGUCCGGACGGCGCGUGGUUUUACAGGACGGAGAUUGAUGGCAACAUGACCACGGUCAAUGUUUCCCAGGUGAUCGACUUGAUCGAGCCGGGGAGGAUGGUGUGGCAGACGACCAGGUGGCAUCUGCUGCACUGUAUGUUUGUUUGGCGGAAGAUCUCGCUCAGCCGGUUUGAUGGGACACUGCUGCCGAUGAAUAGGGAGGAGGAGGCGACGCAUGGGAAACAUUGCGAGAGGCUGGUGGCGAGUUUUCUUGUUGGGGGUGAGAUGGAUGAGUAUUUGGCGCAUACGGAGUACUGA